AUGAGUGUGAGCAGAUGCACCAAGAAGACUUAUAUGUCUUUCCCGGAAGAAGAAGAACAUGAUGAUGAUGUUGCUAAAGUUAUCGAAGAAAACAAGGUAUUGUUUUAUUGUGUCUCAGAGCUGGAGGAACUGUUACGUUCAUUACAUUGUCGGGAUGCUGACACAUCUUCUAGAAAUGGUGAGGUUGUUCAAAACGCCAACACGUCUUCCACCAAUGCCGAGGGUUAUAGAGUUAAUUCCAAACUCUCGAGUUUGGGUUAUGAAAUCUUGUUUUUUGGUUCUCCUUUGUCUCUGUUAGAAGAUUCUCUUUGA